UCUCCUACCUUUGCAGGCUUAAGAAGGAAGCCACAGAGGCGUUCUCACCCAGGGAGGGAGAUGCAAUGGGGAACAUCCAAGACAUGGAAUUAAGGGAAGAAUGGCAAGAUGAUGAAUUCCCACGGCCUUUGCCAGAGAUCCCUGAGGAGGAUUUGGAACCAUCCAGUUCAGAAAUGAGUCCAGUUGCCCUCAACACCCUGGAACUGUGUGGCCGGCGGCACAUGAAGAAACGCCUCCAGGCCCCUGAUCUUAGCGAUGGUUCGGUGAAAUCCGGGGAGCUCCCAGGAAGCACGCCCGAUGGCAGCGUGGACAUCAAUCUGGACGAACUGGAGACGCCGUCCGAAAGCGAGUUACAAGAGGGCUUGGAGAACGGGCACGAAUUUGAAUGGGAAGACGACCUGCCGCGGGCCCGGCGAGUAGAGGCCAACCUACCAGAGAAAUUUUGCACCGGCCGCGUGGUGGACACUAAGGGUCCAGAUGGACGGGUGUGGCGGAUCUUCCUGGCAGAUGAACAGGAGCACAAAGUGGAUCUGAGCGCCAUUGAACCUUACAAGAGGGUGAUUUCCCAUGGAGGCUACUACGGCGAAGGCCUGAAUGCCAUUCUCGUCUUUGCUUCAUGUUACUUACCAGAAAGCAGUGUCCCCAAUUACUCCUACAUCAUGGAGAACCUGUUCAGGUUUAUCGUAGGAACUCUGGAGCUGAUGGUGGCCGAGAAUUACACGCUGGUGUGUCUGAAUGGCGCCACUUCGCGGAGCAGGUUCCCAUCGUUUGCCUGGAUCAAGCAGUGUUACCAGACAAUCGACCGACGGCUUCGGAAGAAUUUGAAGUCUUUGAUCAUUGUUCAUCCCACAUGGUACAUCAAAGCACUGAUGGGAGUGUUCAAACCUUUUAUCAGUUCCAAAUUCAGCCAAAAGGUACAGUUUGUAGACAGCCUGGACGAUCUGGCCCAGAUGAUCCCCUUGCAGCAGGUCCGCAUCCCAGACUGUGUUCAGCAGCAGCUCAAGUGAAGAGCACUCACUGAGCCCCAGGUUCGAAAGACCCACAGCGGAGCAGGCUGACCGCGACGCCGAUGGUGACCAGUCAAUACCGCUCUUGAGACCCCCACCCUCUAUUUUCUUUCCCCCCCUUACAAAGCAAAUGACUUUAUUUGCAAGAAAUUAGAAGGGCCCUUCGUUUGGGCAAGAAAGCUGCCUUUUAGGACAUGGCGUUUCUUUUCUCACCGACCUUCCUCUGCCCCCCGCCAGUGAACCUCAAGAAAAAGGAGUUUUAGCUUAUCAGGCAAGAAUCUUUCCACAGGAGGCCCCCGCUGUGCUAUGAAAACUUAAUAAAACGCUGAUUCCUACA